CGGUGAGAUAGGCAACAAGUACCAUAGCAUAUGGCCUGCAAAAUGAAUGCAGAGAUGACUUGGAGUGGUAUGGGAUUUUAAAGCACGGCAUGUCGUAAUGGACGUUUUCCGGCUACAACUGACCGUUUUGCUCCUGCUCGGAGGUCACAUGGUAUCAGGAGUCACUGUGCAAGAAUGUCGGAGAAGACCUGCCGAUCUCGUCUUCCUGCUGGAUGGCUCGGGCAGCAUUGAGCCUCAGGAUUUCACAAAGGCCAAAUCGUUCGUCUCCGACAUCAUCCGGAAAUUCGAGAUCUCGUCACGUGCUGUUCACGUGGGCCUGAUUCGGUUUGAUUCGGAAGCAGUCGUCCUUAUCCGCCUGAAUGAGUUCCGGUCUGCCGCGCAGCUGCUGCAAAAGAUUUCCCAGAUGAAGAAUUUUGGCGGGAAAACGAACACUGGGUCAGCCUUACAGCUGGCGGGUACUGUUCUCACUGACCACCGGUUUGGGGCGCGGGAUAAUGUGGAGAAGAUCGUAAUAGUUCUGACUGACGGGAGAUCAAACAAGGGCGUGGACGUGGGCGUGGCCGCAAUGUCACUCAAGUCAAAAGGCGUGGCACCUGUCAUAGCAGUGGGCGUGGGAGGGAAAAUCAACAGGGCUGAGCUGCAGCUGAUUGCAUCCAGU